AUGCCUCCAAAAGCCAAAGCUAAAGAUGGAGCUCCCGUAGAGAGACCUAUUCUUGGUCGCUUCUCUUCUCAUCUCAAGAUCGGAAUCGUUGGGUUACCGAAUGUUGGAAAAUCUACUCUUUUCAACACUCUUACAAAGCUUUCGAUUCCAGCUGAGAAUUUCCCCUUUUGUACCAUUGAGCCUAAUGAGGCUCGUGUGAAUAUCCCCGAUGAGAGGUUCGAUUGGCUUUGCCAAUUGUACAAGCCAAAGAGUGAGAUUCCAGCUUUCUUGGAAAUUCAUGACAUUGCUGGGCUUGUUAGAGGCGCUCAUGAAGGACAGGGACUUGGAAACAACUUCUUGUCUCAUAUUCGUGCAGUUGAUGGGAUUUUCCAUGUUUUACGUGCUUUUGAAGAUCCUGAUAUUAUCCAUGUCGAUGACAUCGUGGAUCCUGUUAGAGAUUUGGAGACCAUAACUGAAGAAUUGCGUCUCAAGGAUAUUGAGUUCAUUAAAAAGAAGGUUGAAGAUGUCGAGAAGAGCAUGAAGAGGAGCAACGACAAGGCGCUAAAAGUAGAACUUGAGCUCUUGCUUAAGGUAAAAGCUUGGCUGGAAGAAGGAAAGGAUGUCCGUUUUGGGGACUGGAAAGCAGCUGAUAUCGAGAUCUUGAACACUUUCCAAUUGCUUUCUGCAAAGCCCGUUGUUUACUUGAUUAACAUGAAUGAGAGAGACUACCAGAGGAAGAAAAACAAGUUCUUGCCAAAGAUUCAUGCUUGGGUUCAAGAACAUGGUGGUGAUACUAUGAUUCCUUUCAGUGGCGUUUUUGAAAGGAGUCUCGCUGAUAUGCUCCCAGACGAAGCAGCAAAGUAUUGCGAGGAGAACAAACUGCAAAGUGCUCUUCCGAGGAUCAUCAAAACUGGAUUUUCAGCCAUUAACCUCAUAUAUUUCUUUACAGCAGGGCCUGAUGAGGUGAAGUGCUGGCAAAUAAGACGGCAGUCAAAGGCUCCUCAAGCUGCUGGGGCCAUUCAUACUGAUUUUGAGAGAGGAUUUAUUUGUGCCGAGGUCAUGAAAUUUGAGGAUCUGAAGGAGCUUGGCAAUGAAACUGCAGUCAAGGCCGCAGGAAAAUACAGACAGGAAGGGAAAACGUAUGUUGUUCAGGACGGAGAUAUCAUUUUCUUCAAGUUCAACGUUUCCGGUGGUGGCAAGAAAUGA